UAACACUUAGCCUUAAACCAAGUUCCCCUCCAGCCCACAGCCAGGAGCAGCUCUCAAUCCCGGGUGAGGCACCGAACACUUGAGCUAUUUCAGCCACAUGCAAAGCAUCAGAAUCGAGAUCGCAGCUCAGAGGACACCGGGCAUCCCUUUCACCUUCUAAGGAAGCUUGUAUUCUUGCACCAGGCUGCCUGGGACUUUUCUUAGGCAGUAAACAAAUACACAAAGCAGGGGUAAGACUGCAUGAAUAUGUCGAAACAGCCAGUUUCCAAUGUCAGAGCCAUCCAGGCAAAUAUCAAUAUCCCAAUGGGAGCUUUUCGGCCAGGGGCUGGGCAACCCCCUAGAAGAAAAGAAUGUACUCCGGAAACGGAGGAGGGUGCUCCUCCUACCUCAGAUGAGGAGAAGAAGCCAAUUCCAGGAGCAAAGAAACUUCCAGGACCUGCGGUCAACCUGUCGGAGAUCCAGAAUAUUAAAAGUGAACUGAAAUAUGUCCCCAAAGCUGAACAGUAGUUGGAAGAAAAAAGGCUUGAUGUGAAGAAUUGAAGAGGAAGAGAAUGGAUUAAAAUGAAAAUAGCUCACUAAAAAUUUUAUAUAUAUUUGUAUGAAGAUUAUGAACCUCCUGAAUGCCCAAGACUCUAGCAGAAAUGUCCUGUUUGUACAUUUAUAUCUCUUCCUUCUAGUUGGCUGCCCUUCUUACUUUAAUUUACCUUCAUGUUUGGCACCUUGAAGAACAGAUAGCUCAAGAAUUCACCCCUUGGAAGGUGUAGUUUUGAGAAGGGAUAUGAUUUUAUGAAGAAGGAUAUGGCAAUAUGCAUAACAGCAAUUUUGAUUGGAAGCUCUCUAAGCUACUUCCCACACUAUUUUGGUCAUUAUUUGGAAUGUAUUUUAGCUCUUUACCUUCUGAAUUAUGUCAAUAAACUUUUUAUGAGUUCAAAUAAAUAUGCAAGUAAAUAUAAAA